AUGGUUGCAGAGACUGACUUGCAAGGUUUAGCAUUAUUUGAGGACAGGAAGCAUCUUGAACUGGCUCCUGCAGUAUGUGGUCCACCAAAGAUGAAUGAUCAAUUGAGACAAGGUUUUAUUAAAUGGAAUAUUGAGCCUAUUACUACUGCUUUG